GCUUCUAAAAUAAAGGACUAAUAUUUUUCCUAAAACAGUUAACCGCUCCUUGGGAAACUUGUUGCUCUGCUUGGUGGGGGGAAAUGUCAAAAUCUGGGAUUUGAAGCUGUGCCAAGCAGAGUUCGCACACAAUCAUGUAGUGAAUCGGAGCACCGGUUUCAGCUCGUUUCCGUGUGGUUUAUGCGCGUACCCCGCGCAGGCUGCUUGAUAUGAUGGCACUACCUGAUAAGACUCGCACUCACUGCAAAGCUGCCGAAUUUGCUAAUACCUUGCAGGAAGUGCACCAGAUGGUUCGGGCAAACUUGGAAGCGGCUGCGGGCAAGUACAAGAAGACAGUCGACAAGAAACGACGACAUGUAGAGUUCAACGUGGGCGAUUUUGUGUGGGUUUUCCUCACCAAGGACAAGGAUUGCUUCUCUGUUGGGGGCUAUAACAAGCUGUCGGCCAGGAAGAUCGGGCCAUGGAAAUAAUCGAGAAGAUCAAGCUUCCCAACCAUCUGCGCACGUCGGAUGUCUUCAAUGUUAAACAUCUGGUUCCACUUGCUGGUGAUGAUUCGGAUCGGAUGACAACAAUUCGAGGGCGAAUUCUGUUCACCAAGGGGAAGAUGAUGCAGUGACGGAUGUGGAGAAUCAGUUCGUGGAGAGCCGAGACAAGAUGAAACAAAGGUGGCAAUUGGAUCGGAUUCGUGGAUUCGUGGAUUGGAUUGGUGGAUCCAUGGAUCAAAUGGAUUGGAUCCAAUGGAUUGGUGGAUUCAUGGAUUGUAUCAAAUGGAUUGGUGGAUUGAUUCUAUACUUAUACAUAUACUUUUUAUACAAAUUCUUUUAUGGUAUAACUUGAACUUUGUACCUUUAUGUGAUGAUACAACUUCAAGUUAUAAAGUUGUACCAUAACAUAAUGAUACAAAUUGCUUUAUGGUACAACCUAAACUUAUACAUUUAAUGUUAUGGUACAACUUUGAGUUGUACAUCAAAACACCAAUGCUAUAUAGCAUAGUAGAAGUGCUCUAAUUUUUCAGGAAUCGAAGUUUUGCAGAGCACGUAGCUCUUUUUCCAAGUUCGAGUCUUUGUGAAUCGAUCUUGAUGCUAUUGAUCUAGUAAUUCCCAAAAUCAAUAGAUUAGUGACGAUUGCUCGUUUGGUAUCCAGCGGGAUUAACGAAUUUGCAAUUUUAUCCAGGUACACACUGCGUCAACGGGAGAGAUAAUACUUUUUAGAUUUCACUAUAAUCGGCUCUACCCCAUUCACGAUACAUAGUUCUUCUUUUUAUAGGUUUGACACCACAAACCCACAGCUAAGGCUAAUAUGGCAAAGUUAAUUGCAUCUUGGAAAAUUAUGAUUGAGCACGUACUUAGCCUUACCAUAUAACUAACACAAAAUUAGAGCACAUUGAUAAUUAUGUACAUCAAUGUGCUCUAAUUUUGUGUUAGUUAUAUGGUAAGGCUAAGUACGUGCUCAAUCAUACAUAAUUAUCAAUGUGCUCUAAUUUUAUGUUAAUUUUAUGUCACUAUAAAAAAGAGGAGCAUUGGGUACGAAUAUAGGAGACAGCUAUAUUAUUUGGUCUUCGGAAACACAAUACUAAGUAAUUUAGGAGACAAAACAAUAAAACUGUCCCCAUAGAUUAAUUGUUAAUUAAUUAAUUGGUUUGAGCUUUUUUAAGUCGUCCUCAGAGGAGGGUGAAAAGUUUCGGCGGCUUUACAAGGAAAAUAAGAGAGCUUGGCGGGCUUUACGGGAUCCAUUAAUUGAGCCUAAAGUCUGAUUUUCCUUGGGCGGGAAUGAAGCCACCAAUCAACUAAAUUUUUAUUUAUAAUAAUUAGCUAAUAUUUUCAGAAGAACGCUUAUCGGAAAAAAUUUCAAUUAUAGGGUUUAGGGUUUUUCCCAUAGUAAAUCCAAACCAAUGAUAGGCAACUGGAAUAAAAGACACCUAGCACCCUCUGCCGCAGCACCGUGUUGGUCGUCCCAGCCCAACCCAGGAAAGAAAAACACAAUUCUUUAUGGGUUGGCUGUAAUUUCUUCGAAUGAAUUGAAAUCAACAACUUGGCGAGUGUAGUCAAAAGUUGAUUGGUUGCAUAUUUUGUUGAAUUAUUGGUUCUUGGUUCAGAGAGAUUUUUUUUUCCAGAUCUUCCCGUCUAGUUGAAGAAAAUUUCUGAAACCACAAGAGAUUUGGAGAUCGUAUUAGUCUUGUUGCUCGUCUUGGCAAGGUAAGUCUGAUUUCUCGAUUGUUCUUUCUGUAUUUCUUCUUAUUCUACUGAAUCCAUCAAAUCCCAUAAAACUUUAGUUUUUUUAUGUCUCUAAGUAAUUGGUUUCAUGCUUUGUUAUCGAUUUACUCUAACCCCCAUGUUGAUCGGUGGAGAAUUCCGGCCCAAUUUCUGGGAUACCUGCUUCCCCUGUUUAAUUUACGAUUGAAAGGACUGGAGUCCUUUAAAAGAAUUCAAUUAACCUAUAUUUGAUAUUUCUUUGCUGGACAAAUUAGAAUUCACCUUAGCUUAAGUUUCUCUUUCCAGCUACGAGAUCUAGUUAGUUCCAUAUUUACCCAUGGAUUACUUUUUCUAUUGCUAGGUUUAGUACUUGAUUUAUGAUUAUAGCUUAUAUUUGUAGCUACAUAGCCAUUCCGAUCUUCUAACAAAGUUAGUUCGCCAUUUCCUUCUCCAUUGGUUUUGGUUGUUUGUGCCUCCGUUGUUCAAAUUCUAUUGGCUUGCCUGAAUAACUAGUAAACAGCAGCAUUGGAAGGAAUUGAAAUACUGUACAAUUUUAUUCUUUCCAAAAUCAUCAAUGACAUAAGGAACUUCACCUGCCUAUGAGUUGUUGGGAGUUGAAAUUACUACUUUUAGUACGUUCACUCAUGUUUUAAUUUGGAUAAUUUCUCAAUUGUAUUUGUAUAAGGUGAUCUUAACGACUUUCUCCUGUAGGAAAUGAAAUUUUUGUAUCAUGUCAUCUUAUAAUCUUUUCAUGGUUGUGAGAAUGAUUAAGUUUAAUGGUCACAAACUCUUCGAACUCUUCUUAGUCCAUUCCUUCAUCACAGGUAAUUUGAUUUCACUUAAAACUUAACUUUUCAACUUAAUGGUAAUAACGUAGCUAUCUUGUCUUCUUUGCUUUUUAAGUCCUUUAUAAUGAUGCGUCUAUUUUUCCCCUUGCCUACCUUGAAUAUGCUUUGUCAUGUUCAAUCAAAUUAGCUGAGUAGCCGAGUAUAGUUACUAACUUAAUCCUAUGUAUUGUUUUGUCAGAAAGAAGAGUCCAAAUGCUCAAAAUCCAUCUCCUUAUAACGGGACUAAUUGUUCUUGUGUAUGUUUUAUAUAUUUGUUAGGUAGGUAACGGAUACUCUACUCGGUGCAUCAAGUGUUAAAGGGACUAAUUCACUAUGAGGUACUAAGGUAAGUUUUGAAGUAGUGAUUAGAUGAUAUAUAAUAAUUAUGUUAUAGUUUC